GGCCUGAGUCCCUUUUUCAACCUUCACUGCGAGCUCGGUAUCGAGAGGGGCACCUUCAAGCAGGGGUCGAUAAAGAAGCACUUGUAAUAUUUAUUCACACAUACAAGAACAAUGUCCUUCCUCUCUAUCAGCAGACUAGCCCCAAGGCUCCUCAGUUCAAAGAAUGCAGCAUGUGUCGUUGUGGCUGCCAGAAAUGUCAGCGCAUCCACGAAUUUGAAAGAGGUCCUGGCAGACCUCAUCCCUAAAGAACAGAGCAGGAUCAAGAACUUCAAACAGCAGCAUGGCAAAACCACAAUUGGUCAGAUCACAGUGGACAUGGUUUAUGGAGGAAUGAGAGGCAUGAAGGGUUUAGUGUACGAGACCUCUGUGCUCGACCCCGAUGAGGGCAUCCGUUUCCGUGGUUACAGCAUUCCAGAGUGUCAGCAGCUGUUGCCCAAGGCUCCUGGUGGAGAGGAGCCACUGCCAGAGGGUCUGUUCUGGCUGCUGGUCACAGGACAGGUGCCCACUGAGGAGCAGGUGAAUUGGUUGUCUAAGGAGUGGGCUAAGCGUGCGGCCCUUCCCUCUCACGUGGUCACCAUGCUGGAUAACUUCCCCACCAACCUGCACCCCAUGUCUCAGUUCAGUGCUGCCAUCACGGCUCUGAACAGCGAGAGCAGUUUCGCUCGGGCGUACUCUGAGGGAGUUAACAAGGCCAAGUACUGGGAGUUUGUGUACGAGGACUCCAUGGACUUGAUCGCCAAGCUCCCCUGCGUGGCGGCUAAGAUCUACCGUAAUUUGUACCGUGAAGGAAGCAGCAUCGGCGCCAUCGACUCCAACCUGGACUGGUCACACAACUUCACUAACAUGCUGGGCUACAGCGAUCAACAGUUCACAGAACUCAUGAGGCUCUACCUCACCAUCCACAGUGACCAUGAGGGUGGAAACGUCAGCGCGCACACUAGUCACCUGGUAGGCAGCGCCCUGUCCGACCCCUACCUCUCCUUCAGCGCUGCUAUGAAUGGCCUGGCUGGACCCCUGCACGGACUGGCCAAUCAGGAGGUGCUGGUGUGGCUGACAGCCCUGCAGAAGGAGCUUGGUGGCGAGGUGUCUGAUGAGAAAAUGAGAGAUUACAUUUGGAACACACUCAAAUCAGGCAGAGUGGUGCCAGGCUAUGGCCACGCUGUUCUGAGGAAGACAGAUCCUCGCUAUACCUGUCAGCAUGAGUUUGCCCUCAAGCACCUUCCCAAUGACCCCAUGUUCAAGCUGGUAGCUCAACUCUACAAGAUUGUACCCAACGUGCUUCUGGAGCAGGGCAAGGCCAAGAACCCCUGGCCCAAUGUAGAUGCACACAGUGGAGUCCUGUUACAAUAUUAUGGCAUGACUGAGAUGAACUAUUACACUGUGUUGUUUGGCGUAUCCCGAGCUUUGGGUGUCCUCUCUCAGCUGGUGUGGAGCAGAGCGCUCGGCUUCCCUCUGGAGCGUCCCAAGUCUAUGAGCACGGACGGACUCAUGGCUCUGGUUGGGGCCAAAUCAGGCUAGAGAGCAAGAGACCAUGCCAGCGGAGUGGGGACAGGAAGGGGAAGAGCGUAAUCUAUUAGAAAGGGAUUUAAAGAGACAGUACACUUUUAAAUUUAAUCUAAAAAGGGCCUUUGUUAUUAAUAUAACGGCAAGAUUACACAUCCCAUUUACACGUUUAUUAGUCUUUCAUUCCCAAAAUGCACAUUUAAAGCUGCUUUUUCACGAGAAAUGUGUAGACUCAUUACACAGUCACUGCUUGCGAUCGCUCCUUUUAAGUUUUCCCGCAAAUUUUUCCGACCGUAUGACGCAGCUAUGGAUGUAGCGACGUGGAUUGAUGGAGAAGACUGUUAUUGUCCAAGAACACAGCCGAGAGCGAUAUGUCUUUCCAGAAAUCACCUCUCUCCUUAUUUAAACUAAUAAUGAUUAUUAAAUACUAGUUCAGAAAAGUUAGUUCACCUAAUAGAUAAAUAAUCCCUUUAUCCUCGGCUCUCACAUCAAUUAUAUCAGUUUUAGUCUUGUAUUUUUACUCUCCUGAGGUCAGAUGUUCACUUGAGCCUGUUUGUGCGAGGAAAUUAAUUUUCAAAGCCCUUCUCUGAGCCUGUCAGAUAAUUCGACAAAGUUUGACUAGGCGUCCCUCUAGUUUCUCCUUGUAAGAGCACUCCAUGAUGGCAAUACGGUCCUCUCUCAAUAGAAUUGAUUCUAUGAGUUCAGUUCAACUUGGGAAGCUUAUACAUUUGUUUAAAAGGGUACUGCCGCUUUAAGUUAUCUCUCAUAUUGCUCUCUGACUUCAACCAAUCGUCUUCAUCUUCCUGUCUGUUGUUUGGAAGCACGUGUGGUGCCCUCUUUAUUUGAAAUGACCAGUCCUUCUUUAUUUCAUCAGUGGACAUAUUGGCUUUGAUUUGUUAAAGGUUUGUGUCAUUCACACAAGUUAUUGUAGUCGCAGGUGAUUCGUGUACCAAUUUGAGAGCAAGUUGAAUUUGUGGCGUUUAUUUGUACAUUCAUCCAAGAGCGCACAAAAUCUGCUACUUUUUACCUGUUUUGAGUUUUAAGGUCUUUUUUCCCCCCAGUGUUUUGAAGAAUGAUGUCUUGUAUAAUGAGAAAAGCUAUCAUUUUGUGUAGGUAUACAUAAGUUGUGGUUUUAUUUAUUCAUGUAAAUAUAGAUUUGAAUGUAUGAACUGCAUAUCAAAACAGUCUCACCAUCCCUGUUAGUCAAACCACUUAUCUGUAAUGACUCGCUUAACCA